AUGGAAAUGAAUAAUAGUAAAAUGAUGGUUUUGAAUGAAACAAUAACAAAAAAGUCGCCUGCGAAUCAAAAUAUUUAUAUCAUAUUUGCUGGUCAUCUUUUGAUCGUAUUUUAUUGUUUAAUUUUUAUACUGGGUUUCUUGGGUAAUUCAGCUGUGAUUUAUGUAGCUAUUCGAAAAAAAAAAUAUCGUAAUGUUACAAAUUGUUAUGUUAUUAAUUUGGCUUUGGCUGAUUUAUUAUUUUUAACACUUGCCAUACCAUAUACUACGUAUCUAGGCUUAGUAAACACUUAUCCAUUUGGUGAAACUAUCUGCAAAAUUUACAUGUAUCUUGCCUAUGUAUUUUUAUUAGCUACUUGUAAUACAUUAGCUGCAAUGAGUAUUGAUCGAUGUUUCUAUAUUGUUUUACCUAAUUCUAAAUUACAACGGCGUACACCACAAACUGCUUUUAUAAUUUGUAUUAUUCUUUGGGCUAGUUCACUUGCACUUAUUAUUCCUUAUCAUGUAAUUUUACAUACGUUUACAUCGAAUUCUAGCACAUGCGGUCUUAAUGAUCAAAAAAAUUUUGCUAUUUGUUUUCUUAUCUUUUGCUCUUAUUAUGCUCUACCACUUUUUAUUAUUAUUGUAUGUUAUACAAAAUUGGCAAUGCAUGUUAUACAGUCAAAUCGACUUAUUGCUGUUCAUAUGAAUACUGUAUGA